AUGGUGCUGCAGUUCCAGUGUGAAGAGAUGGAACAGGACUCUACCAGGCAGCAGCAGCUUAACAGGAAGAGUGAGGACCUGAUAGAACAGUACAGAUGUCAGAUCCAGGAGACUAAGCUCAAACACAGGAAACACCGGAUGAAGUUUGAAAACCAGCUCCAGCAGCUGAUAGAGCAGCAUAAGAACCUGCACUCUGUCUUUAGCCCAGACAGACUGCCUGCUGAAAUAGAGAGCGUUGAAAACGCCAAGUCUCAGCUGCUGAAGGCCGGUAAGAAACUCUGA